AUGGCUGUGGCAGCUUCAUCAGAAAGUGAUGGUGGUUCUGAGUCUUCCGGCGGAUCGAAGAAAGAUUCUCCACCCCCUCCUAAAAAUAAUGACGACGGUCAACAUGGGAAUAACGAUGGUAAUAAUAAUGAUGGUCAACAUGGGAACAACGAUGGUAACAAUGGUGAUGGUCAAUCCGAUGGUCAAUCCGGGAAUAAUGAUGGUAACAAUGGUGAAAAGGGCGGUGGCUCUAAGAAAGAUUCUCCUCCUACUCCUCCCAAGAAUGAUAAUGGUGGCGAAUCUAGGAAAUCACCGUCCCCUCCUAACCGCACUCCUCCUCCGGAGAAUGAUGAUGGUGGUGAAUCUAGGAAAUCCCCGCCCCCUCCUAAGCGCACUCCUCCUCCUACCCCUACAUAUCCACCUCCCGUUUCAUCCUCUCCGCCGCCAUCACCUCCUGCAACUCCUACUCCUUCUCCAACACCUCCUACACCAUCUCCACCUACUCCAACCCCAUCUCCACCUUCAUCAAACUCUCCACCGCCCCCACCCAAGAAAGUCAAGUGCAAGAACAAGGACUAUCCCAAGUGUUACGACAUGGAGCAUGCAUGCCCCAACUCUUGCCCUGGUGGGUGUCUGGUGGAUUGCGUCUCUUGCAAGCCUGUGUGCAAGUGUGAUAUGCCAGGAGCAGUAUGCCAAGAUCCUCCGUUCAUAGGCGGCGAUGGCCUCACUUUCUAUUUCCACGGCAAGAAGGACUUAGACUUUUGCCUCCUAUCCGACUCCAGCCUCCACAUUAAUGCCCAUUUCAUUGGCAGAAGAAACCAGAACAUGAGGAGGGACUUCACUUGGGUGCAAUCCAUUGGUGUCCUCUUUGACAACCAUAAGCUCUUUAUAGGUGCACAAAAAACAGCAACAUGGGAUGACAAUGUGGACCACCUCGCCCUCGCCUUUGAUGGAGAGCAAAUAGUCCUUCCACAAGCUGAAGGCACGAAAUGGCAAUCCGAGGCCACACCAAGUGUGUCCAUCACUAGGGUCGGUGACACCAACACUGUGAUUGUUGAAGUUGAAGGGAACUUCAAGAUCACAACCAAGGUUGUGCCUAUCACUGAAGAAGAAUCUCGGGUGCACAACUAUGGCAUUACCAGUGACGAUUUCUUUGCUCAUCUUGAUCUAAGCUUCAAGUUCUUGUCAUUGAGUGAUGAAGUGAAUGGUGUGUUGGGACAAACGUAUAGACGCGAUUACGUGAGCAGAGUGAAGGUGAAUGUGCCUAUGCCUGUAAUGGGGGGAGGUAGAAAGUUCGCAAGUUCAAACCUCUUUGCUGCAGACUGCGCUGUGGCUCGGUUUGAUGGUGGCUAUAACUCUGGUCGGGGAGUUUCUUCGGAAGGUAUAGAGUUGCCGAGCUUAAGCUGUGGCAGUGGGAUGGAUGGGAGAGGAGUUGUGUGCAAGAGAUAG